GGGAAAGAGAAGAAGAGGGAUGAGCGUGACUACUACGCACUGCCUCAGUGUGAACUCUGAAACGAAGCCAGUGUUUUCUAGCCAGCUGGAUUUCUCGGGGCAUUUGUAAAAGUCUUGGGGAGUCUGACAGCUGUAACUACACAACAGAAGAAGUAGUCAGACCGACCGUUUGUGUUUAGGAUUCCAAACACUAAAUUUGGGACGUUUUUAAAAGGUUAUGUCCCGUGAACGCGCAUUAUGGCUGCGCGGCUCGGUGUCCAGAACAUGUUUUUCAGUACAAAGAGACCAACUAGGGGAACAAGUCAAGGAUUUUUCCCACUUUGGUCCAUCAUUCAAGGAGCAGGGAAAAAAUACCUUCCUGACCUGCCAGUAUUGAACGAGGACGACUUGGAAGAACAGUUUGUUCGUGGCUCUGGACCAGGUGGACAAGCUACUAACAAAACCAGCAACUGCGUUGUACUGAAGCACGUCCCGACAGGCGUCGUAGUAAAAUGUCACAAAACGAGGUCAGUGGAGUUGAAUAGGAAGCACGCACGGGAGAUCAUGCGUGAAAAACUGGACAUUGUGUACAAAGGGAGCGACAGCGAACUGCUAAAAAUGAAAGAAGAGUCGCGGACGAGAAAGCAAGAAAAACGAGCAAAGGUGAAUGAAAACUUGGAGAAAAAGAAACUCCUCAAAGAAAUGCUGUCAACUGACGCGAAGCGAGGAAAUAACAACGGAUAAGGCUCCAACUGGCCGCCUAUGGACAGGAUCACUCAAAACAGCAUUUCUGAGUUGUCCUGAAUUAAUACAGUAAUGUCGGCAACACAAGCUGAUGCAACAUUUGUUAUAUCUGUUGUGCCCUCAAAUGUAUUCAGUAAACCAGUAAAUUGGGUGCGUGGUUGGAUAGUGUAGUGGUUAACACCUCUGCCUUCUCCACUAUAGACUGGGGUUCAAUCCCCACCAGGGUAAACACCCUACACUAUACCAAUAAGAGCCCUUGGGCAAGACUCCUAACACCGCCUUGGCCUACCUGUGUAAAAUGAUCAAAUUGUAAGUCGCUCUGGACGAGAGUGUCAGCCAAAUGCCGUAAAUGUGCGUUCAGGACGAAUACUCGUGUACUUCUCUUAAACCCAUAGAAAGUCUGGCCAGCGGCAUGAUGCUGUUUCUUUCUGUUGCACGCAAAUGUGCGUUCGAUUAAAAUACCGUAGUACCCUCAUCAUCAUUCUCGAAUUUGUUGCACGUGCAUAGAAGCCUAAUAUCAAAUUAAAAUCGCUAAAAAACGAAGUAUAAAGUAAUAAAUUGUCAGUUCAGUAUUCAGUUACCAAACGGAUUUAUUAUUUUAGAAAAUACAAUAUUAAUGUGUCUGGCAAAGAGAACUAGAGGAUGAAACUAUCUACAUGAAAAUGAUGCAUUUAUUACACUUGGUAAUAAAUAAUUACGAAGACGCAAACCGUAACGUUACAUGACGUUUGACACAUUCUGAAGACCCUACUUGUUUAAAUGCCCUCAUUUCAACCAUGCAAUUUUAGAAAACAAAAAGGCAUUUAAAUGUAACAUGAAAAGUUUUGACAUAUCCUAAACAAUUAAAAGCAAGAAAGAGAUUAUAAUGUUCCCAAACUGGAACAUAAAUAUAUCCAGGGAAUUCCUGUCAAGUACAAAUCGGGCUCGUUUUUGCCUUUCCUUUCUGUAUCCUGCUACAUUUUACAGAGGCCUCUAUAACAGUGCCUGAAACGGCAUUUGAUUGUAAUGGUGAAAAAAUAACAGUAUGAGGAAAGGCUGUUCAUUGCAUGUUGGUACACUGUCUUUUGUAGUUUUAUCUUUUGGAGAAACGGAUCCCUGGUUUGCAUAUGGUGGAAUAGAGCUGCCCUUUAAGACCUUGCGUUUCUUUCGGUUUCUGCCAAGCACUCACGCACAAGACCCCUGGCAUGGAUGAUCCCUGGAAAGAGGGAAUAAACAGUGAACUUUUUAUAGAUUUAUUUCUUACAUACUUUCAGUGGACACUGUGCAAUAAAGAUUUUAAAAUAUGA